GACUGCCGAAUGUCGGUACCCGACGAUAAAAUACAUAGGUAGGUAUUACCCACCGGCCAGCCUACAUACCUACCUACCUACCUAGGUUAGGUAUGUAAGGUAUCCAUAUCCCAUACGUUACAGCCGCAAGAUCGCAAUCUGUUUGCCCCCUUCUACGGCUACCGAGAUAGAUAUCCACCCGUCGUCAGCCGUUAUUAUUCGUGUCCCCAUACCUCCUAACCCCCGAACUCCUAAAUCAAAAGAUCGAUCUAGAAACAUGGUGGUUUUGUUUCAUCGGCAAGAUCCUGUAGGCGGGGACGAUAUCGAGAGGGUGCUCGAGAGGGUGCAGACGAUUCUGUGGUUUGGUGGGUGUGCACAGUAGGGAGACAGGCAGGCAGAUGGCUACCUAAUACAGAGACGUCAUCUGGAUGUUUCACAUAUAUAGUUUCAAUGUUUGUGUAUGUAUGUAUGUAGGUAGGUAGGUAGGUAUCUGGCAUUACUAGGUAUCUACCUAGUACUGAAUACAUACAUAGGUACUACAUUCCUACCUAGAUGUAGGAAUUGCUCGCUUCUUACAGCACUUCAUUUAUCUAUCCUCUUACGGAGUCCGAGUCCCUGACUAUGUGCUAUGGAGGCACAGACUACAGGUGACGCCAUCGCUGGGCCGUUCAUAAUAUAUAUAGAUUUGCAACGGGAAUCGCCGGCAUGUCCGCGCCGUGGGCUGGCGCCGGCGGUGGGGUAGGACGUUACGGCUGAGCACAUCUAAUAUAAAAUGGGGGCCGUCUGUGUUUGUGUAUACGGACUAGGUAGGUCGGCAGGAAUCUGGAAAGGAUUCCUUCUUUCGGUGAACCGGGCUGCUUAACCUAGGUAGGUAGGUAGGUACUUACUUACACUACAUACUAGAUAGAGACAAGUAGCCCUUGUGUACCUAUCUAUGUAGCUGUAGAAUGAACUGCCUACCUGCUAUCAUGUUAUUUAGGUAGAUAUAUCAAGUGUAGUCUACCUCAUCUGCGGCUUUGAGACAUAUGUAGGAAGGCUUACUUACACUAGAGUCUAGAAUGUGUUACGUACUUAGCGAAAUAUCUAACGAAUGCAACAUUAGGCUGACACGAACGAUGGGAAAAACUACCGACGAGGCUCCUUGAUUGGAUCGUCUAAGAUCGACGCACGAUGACGAUCGCGAGCGUUGCUGUGCCUCCUGUCCAAUGGCGUGAUAGGUGGCUUUCGAGCCGCCCGUGCUAUCCUUACUAUGUAUGGAGUUGAUGGUGUUGUGUGUGUGUAUCAGAUUGUACUGGGUUUUACCUCCAAUGGCGCAUUGGCAACUGUCAUGUUCUCUUCUUUUGUUUCUUUCCUGGUUGACAAGAGUAACUAUUCCGGUCUUCCGAUUCUUAUGUCACUGUGUCCUUCGGUACUUGGUAACCUACCAACCUAUGUUUAGAAAUGAUAAUACCUCCCGCUACCUACACGUCAGCAUGUGCCCCAUACAAAAGACGCCAGCAGAAGUGGAGUUGAGCAGAAUAAAUGCCCACGAAUUGCCAGAUUCUGCAAAAGGACGGAUAUUUUCUCCAUGUAUCGGAUGGGUGCUGAUCUUCAGAUGAUCGCAGAUUUGUGUUAGUAACUGACUACAACUCAUCGCGACAGCCUGCGCGGGGACAAUUCAUCCGCCAGCCUUGUAAGGAUCUAAAAUGACGAUGUCCAUGAAGAUUGCGAUUCGCUUGUGCUAAGAGUCUAAGACUGUGUGACAAGAAGAGCUAAAACUGUCGGAUUGCCAGUGGCACAGUGCAGUGGGUGGUCUGUGAUUUACUGGACACUUGGAUGUGGAGUAUCAUUUCACCUACAAUCCAGUGUGAUGUGAUGUCUUGUCUCCUUUAGCACAAGGCAAUUCGGGGCCUUCUCUUGCGUCAACUCAUAUCCAUGAUAAGUUAGCUACUAGUGUAGUUAAAUAUACCCAGAGCGGGAGACAUGGGGAAUUGGGGAUAGGAUAAGAUAGGAUAGGAUAGGGAGCAUAAAGAAUUGACUAGUGGGACCUUGGGACCUUGGUCUAGAGCAUAAUAAAUUCCCCUUAACAGCUGGGCGAACAGCUGGGCAACUUUCAAAGAUAAGAUGAACUGAAG